AUGUGCUCGCAUGGUCAAUACAACUAUGAGUGCUGCUCGUUUUUCAUCUUCAUGGAUUCAUUGGUUAACAAUGCUGAGGAUGUAAAGGAGCUUAGGUCUGGUGUAUUUCAAAAUUUGCUUGGAAGUGAUGAAGAUUUGGCAAAGCUCUUCAAUAAAUUAGGUGAUGAUUUACCAACAAAAAUGUAUUGCAACAAUUCCUACACAAAUGCAGUUGCCUAUAGUAAGAAAUAUAUUCUCAUCAAGCUUCAAAUUGAAAAACAUUACACAAAUAAAUGGAAGACAUGGUUGGCUCAAGCUUACAACACACAUUUCAAUACACCAUGGGCUAUGAUUGCCUUUUUAGCUGCAUCACUGGCAUUGGUUCUAACUUUCAUCCAAACAUGGUUUGCCAUACAUCCUAAAUAAAAAAUCAUAAUUGAUCCAAUGAAAUAAUUAUGUGUGUGAAAAAAAAAAUAUUGAUGUUAUUGUGUGACUUUCUCAUG